AUGGGCAUUCGAAAUCGUCUGGAAACGCUUCUUGAAGAUAAACGAGUGCUUGUCGUUGGUGCAGGUGGUAUUGGCUGCGAACUUUUGAAGAACUUGGUGCUGACCGGCUUCAAAAAGAUUCACGUGGUUGAUUUGGACACGAUCGACGUAUCAAAUUUGAAUCGUCAGUUCCUCUUUCGCCGAGAGCACGUCAACAAGAGUAAAGCCGAAGUCGCUUCAGCCGCUGUUCAAAAGCUUCAACCAAACGUCAAUAUCACAUUCGAUCACGAUUCAAUCUUCAAUGGCGAUAAAUUUGGCAUCUCUUUUUUCAAAGAAUUCAACUUGGUGAUGAACGCUCUCGAUAAUAGAUCCGCUCGAAACCACGUGAAUCGUCUUUGUCUCUCGGCUGGAGUGCCUUUAAUUGAAAGUGGAUCAGCUGGUUAUAUUGGACAGGUUUCCGUCAUUAUCAAAGGGCAAACCCAAUGCUAUGAAUGCACUUCUAAACCAGCGCCGAAAACUUAUCCUGGAUGCACUAUUCGAAAUACCCCAAGUGAGCAUAUUCACUGCACGGUUUGGAGCAAACAUUGUUUCAAUCAACUCUUCGGGGAAGUGGCAAUCGAUGACGAUGUCUCACCUGAUCUCAACGAUCCAGAAAAUAAGACCGCGGAGGAGGCUACGGAGACCAUGAUGAAUGGAAAUGGUCAUACAGCAAUGGAAGAAGGAAAUACAAAUGGUUUUCACACAAAUGGAGUCGCCGCUGAAGAAUCAAAUAAGAAUACGGUUGUUCCAAGCACCAGGAAAUGGGCUGAAGAAUCUGGCUACAACGCUAAAUUGAUCUUCGACAAGCUUUUCCAUGAUGAUAUCGAGUAUUUGUUGACAAUGAAGGAUCUUUGGAAAUCACGCAAACCUCCAACACCAAUCACGUUUGCAAAUGUUACCGACGAAGCGCAAGGAGGUGGAAGUACCGAGAUGACCGAUGAUGUCAACGAUAUUAUGAAGCAAUGGACUCUCAAAGCUUGCGCACGUGUUUUCGUCGAAUCGGUCGAUGCUUUGAAGACUCGAAAAAGUGGUCUUCCUGAGGGACAACUUCUAUCCUGGGAUAAAGAUGACGAUGACGCUAUGCGAUUUGUUGCGGCUGUUGCAAACUUACGAGCCCACAUCUUCAGCAUUCCCGGAAAGAGUCUUUUUGAGAUAAAAUCUAUGGCUGGCAAUAUCAUUCCUGCAAUUGCAACCACGAAUGCCAUUGUGGCAGGGAUGGUGGUGGUUGAAGCGAUCAAGGUACUUCGUGGUCGAAAGGAUCUUAUUCGUACCGUCUACAUCAAUAGACAGCCAAAUCCACGUGGUCAACUUUUGAUGGAUGACGAUCCAUAUCCACCACGCAAAGAAUGCUUUGUUUGCUCAUCGGAUAAACGAGAAGUCUUCGUGAAAGUCAAUCUUAACGUGAUGACAUUGAAGAUGUUUAAAGACAAAGUUCUCACUGGUCAUUUCUCUGUGCAAAGCCCCGAUGUUUUGGUGGCCACCACCGGAAAUAUAAUUAUCAGCUCUGAUCCGGACGAUGACUUCUCAGAAUUGGAGAAUCGCACUUUCCAAGAAAACAAUAUUGCCGAUGGAGCUGUGCUUGAAGUUGACGAUUAUCUACAGGAUCUCAAGUUCAGCGCGGUGCUAUUUCAUGAUGAGAAUCAAAAAGAUUCAUUUGUGGUCGAACAGGAUACGGGUGCCAAGCCAGGGGAGAGCCCGACAGAAGAAGAGGCUUCCGAAGCAAAGAGAAAGCGCAAGUCCGAAGGAGAGCCAUCAGCAUCGGAGGGACACGACGAAGAAUCACAAGCCAAGAGAAUGCGCAUUGCCGCUGAA